ACAGAGACUUGCCCUAUGCUGCAGCUGCUCUUAUAAUUGAGAAAAGGAAACAGCAGGGUUGGAGAAGGAAGGACAAGGAGCCUGCACAAAGCGCUGAAAGAAGAGUUGGGGGGCUCCUUGUUGAAGGAGAGGGAACUAACUGUGCUGCCAGGCCUACUGAAGGGCUAAGCAGGAAGGAGGCACUUCAAGGCCUGCAGCGAACCACAGUGGAUGGAGACUGCUAAACACUAAACUGCAUUAGUUUGCCUUUGGAAAGAGUUCGUUGCUGGCUAUGACAAGCACAAAGUUUGUGUUUGUAGGGAUGUUUAGACAGGGACACAGCGGAAAAAUUGUUUUAUUGCUUUCUUUUAACCUGUAUGUUCCAUUCAGCUACUUUAGUUGCUAAUCCUUUGUAUAUCCUUUAAACCUAAGAGCUCCUUUUCCUAAGUUAAUCGUUGUACAACUCUGAACCAGUCCAAGAUUGCUGGUGCAAAAUCAGCUCCACACAGUCCUGGGUAGCUGCAUCCAACAGUUCAAUAACUACCUACAGCGGCUCUGCUAGCUGAUGUACUUCAUGUACCACCUGCCACCACCAUAUUUGCAGCUCUGUUCUCAUCGGAACCUGCUGAUGAACAUCAAGAAUAUACUACUAAUGCAACACCUACUGCGUAUGUGUGUGCCCCCACCAACAAUUAAGUUCUGUGUUUGUUUUGUACUGGACCUUUCUUUGCUUCCAGAAGUUCGAAACCCACGGACGGACAGUGAUUCUCUUGGUGCUGAAAACUGAGGCUAGCAAUGAAGGAGUGGGACACGGCAGAGCCUGAAUCGGCAGAAGGGCUUGAGGCCCAAGGAGGAGGAGAGCCACAUGUUGUCCAAGUUGGACAUAUUGGGGAGUUUCUGGCUGGGGUCACUGUGAAAGAGGAGCCAGCUGAGGAGCUGCAAGAGACCUGGGAGAUGCAAUGGCAAGAGGUUCUGCGAACGCUGCAGUCUCCCAACUUGGGUUGGAAGGAUCCAAAGCUGCCCAGGUCUCCAGACACGAAGGCAUUUCAGGCCCCCUUCAAGGCAGGAGCUGAUGCCAAUUGGUGGUCUGUAGGGGAACGUGCGACCCAACACUUGCCAAGCCUCGCCGGAGAAGCUCCUGGGACUCACGGAAGCCAGGGUGCUUCGGUGAGAGUGAAAGACGAGAUGCCAGAUGAGGAUGCCAUCCGCUUGGAGCUGUGGUGCCGGCGCUUCAGGCAGUUCCGCUACCGAGAGGCCGAGGGCCCCCGAGAGGUUUGCAAGCAGCUCUGGCGACUUUGCCAUCAGUGGCUGAAGCCAGAGCGACGCACCAAGGAGCAGGUCCUGGAGCUGGUGAUCUUGGAGCAGUUCCUGACCGUUCUGCCGCAGAAAAUGCAGGACUGGGUCAGAGAUCGUGGUCCGGAGACCUGCGCCCAGGCGGUGGCCCUGGCAGAGGGCUUCUUGCAGAGGCAGAGUGGAAAGGUCUUGGAGCCUAAACUGGAACAGGAUCCAUCAGGCAUGGUGCAAAUGCAGUUCUGCCUGGAAGCUGAAGAGGGUGAUGGGGAGGCUGGUUUGUUAGGUAAUGGGCACAAGAAGCCCCUUUCCCCAAAAGGACUUGUCCCAAAGGAUAGAGCGAUAUCACUAGAAAAAGUCCAAGGGGAAACUUUGCAAGUUCUUGAAACACCUGAAAGUGUGCAGGGAGCAGAAAGUUGCCCAAGGAAGACCCCAAAAGAAACUACUCUGAGCAUAGAAGGUGACAGAGGCUUGCGUGAUAUCACUUCUCAAGACGGAAUGUGUGAGGGUAAGAGAGAAAAGCCAGAUGCUGACGAUAAGAAAAACCUCUCUUGGAAUGGUGGCAUCCUUGAGGAUCAAAGAACGCUGCUGGGAAGAAAAAUAUAUAGCUGCAAAUACUGUUGGGAACAUUUUCGAGAGAAAACACACCUCAUUAAACACGAGCGAACCCACACAGGGGCAAACCCACACGAAUGUGCCGAGUGUGGGGGAAGCUUCCAUUCCUCCCUUCACCUUGCAAGCCACAAGAGGAUUCACACCAGUGAGAAGCCAUAUCAGUGUUCACAGUGCAAGGGCAGCUUCAGUCAGAAAUCACGCCUUGUCUCUCACCAGAGAAUCCACACAGGCGAGAAGCCUUACAAGUGCUCACAGUGCGGGCUGUCUCUGUCUCGGCGUUGCCACCUCCUGAGGCACGAGCAAACCCACACAGGGGAGAAACCGUACAAGUGCUUGGAGUGCGGGAAGAGCUUCGCCCAGAAAACCAAUCUCAUCACACAUGAGAGGACCCAUACGGGAGAGAAGCCGUACAAGUGUUUGAGAUGUGGAAAGGACUUCGGCGAGAAAGCAUCCCUCAAUCGCCAUGAGAGGAUGCAUCUCGGGGAGCGGCCCUACAAGUGCUCAGAGUGUGCCAAGAGCUUCUUUUGCAGCUCUGAUCUCAGGAAGCACAAAGUAGGGCACAUGGGAGAGAAACCAUAUAAGUGCUCACACUGCAGGAAAGGGUUCUGUCAAAAGUCAAGCCUCGCUGUCCACGAGAAAGCUGUCCACACGAGAGAGGAACAGUAUAAGUGCUCGCACUGUGGUAAAUUGCUCUCCCGGCGUUGCCAUCUCACCAGGCAUGAGAGGAUUCACACAGGGGAGAAGCCCCACCAGUGCAUAGACUGCGACAAAAGCUUCAGCCAGAAAGCAAACCUUAUUAAACAUCAGAGAACCCACACAGGGGAGAAGCCAUACCAAUGUUCCACCUGCGAGAAAAGAUUCAUUGAGAAAGCAUCCCUUAUCAGGCAUGAAAGGACCCACACGGGUGAGAAGCCCUAUGAGUGCUCCGAGUGUGGGAAACGCUUCAUUUCUAAAUCUGAUCUGGGGAAACAUAAAAGAAAAAAACACUGCCAGAAAGAGAGCCCUUAAAUGUGUGAACUCUUCAGGAACAGACUCUUUAAAUAAAAAGAGGGAAGAAAACCUUUUUGAUCAUAAAAUAAUAGCAUUCAGCAAUAACAUUUUUUGUAGGUGUUUGGACUGCACGCUAAAGUUAGGUCUGAACUGGACAUGUUAAAUGUCUUUCCUGCAUUUAAUAUGCAUUUUUUAAAAUGGCAAAGAAUUUUGUAUGAGGAAUUCCUAAUAAGAUCUAAAACAAUUUGUGAUGUUGUAAUGCGGGCGUGAGGAACGUUUUCCAGUUGAAGGGCCACAUCCUUCAUGGGCAACUUUCUGGGGGCAUGUGAAUAGUGGGUGGGGCCAGAGGCAAAAGUGCAAUAGCUGUAGCCCUUUACUCUUAUCUUUCUAUGGUAGAUACAUUGACAGUCCAACUAGGCAAAAGCACUCAAGGAGGGCCACUGAGGGGCAUGGCUUAGAGAGAAUUCAAAUACAGAGUCCAGGAGGCUUACAUUUGAACCCUGGGGCCUGGGGGUUCUCUAUCCCUGUUAUAAUGUCAUAUCACAGUACAAAUGUAAUAUUUUCAACUUUUUCUGUUUUUCUUAAUGUUUGUUUUAACUAAGUAUGAUAACCCUGAACAAGAGUGAUAAAAAAAUAAUAUAACAUAAAUCCAAAUAGCAUCAUCUGAAGGGGGUUAAUAAUUAUCAGGGACACGGCAGGAGGGGAAAGGGUUAAGUUUCCCCUUCACUCCAGCGGUGAGACUGAUAAUUAUCAGCCCCCUCCCCUUAGCUAUUACUGUUUGCAUGUUUUGAACAAAAAAUCUGAUGCCUUCUAGACUCAUUUUGGGUUUAUGUAGUGCAGGGAGGGAGUGGAGAGGGGUCAGACCCCUUGUGUAUGUGGAUGUUUUGUGUGCCUUCAAGUUGAUUAUGUCUUAUGGAGACCCUAUGAAUCAGCGACCUCCAAUAGCAUCUGUUAUAAACCACCCUGUUCAGAUCUUGUAAGUUAAGGUCUGUGGCUUACUUUAUGGAACCAAUCCAUCCCUUGUUUGGCCUUCUUUUUCUACUAAACAAAAUUAAAAAUGGGUAAUAAUGUCUGGCCCCUGUAAUGUAGUACAGUGCACAAGGUAAAAAGGUUGUGUACCCCCACAGGAUAGACCCUGUGAUCAAAAACAGGGCUGGGCCAGCUGUUGUUGGACUCCAACUCCCAUCAGCCCCAGCCAGCAUGGCCCAGUGGUCAAGGAUGAGAGAGUCCACCACAACAGCUGAAGGUUUUCUAUCCUUGAUCUAAACUUAUCUAUUGCUGUGAUUUAUGCCUCCAGAGUAGAUAACUGAACAAUUAAGUGCCCCGUGAUUGUAGCACAGCUCUUAUAUGUGGUUUCAUUGUUUGUUUAUAA